AGUUGCGUCAGCAAUUGUUUUUACAUGAUAAAAAUAUAUAAUUGUAUAUAAUGUUGUGCUCGGUUGUGCCAAAUGUCUAAUCCAAAUUGUAAAAAAUCCCAUUUUUUGGUGAAAAGUACAACUUUUUUAAUUGAACAGUUAUAAAACAGAGAUAAAAAUGGAGAUGGAAAUUGAAGGAGAAUGUUCCCAAAGACUUGAAAUCAAUGAAUGUGCAACAAUUAAUAAUAGUGAAGAUCAAUUUUAUGCAAUACUAGGCCGAGAAAAUAAUAGGCAAUCUGAAGAAUUAUCGUUUCUCGAAAUAUCAGACAAAUUUUCCUGCAAUUUAACCAAUUUUGGAGACUUUGAAGAGCCACGACACAACUAUUCGGACAGUUAUGUUUGCUCAGAAUGUAAUGUUUCAAAAUCAAAUGCGAGACUUCUUGAUAUUCACGUCCAGGAGGUUCACGACAGUUUCUUCAAAAUUUUGGCAGAACGACAACCAAUGUACGAAUGUUAUGUUUCGGAUUGUGAUAUAAAGUUCAAAAGCCCUUCUGAAAGAGGGGAGCAUUGCAUAUCCGAACAUAAUUACUCAAAAAAUUGUCGCUUUGAGGAUAAGAAACACAUAACUGGACUGGGGAGGAUAGGAGGAAAAUUAAAAGGAAAUCCAAUAUUGAGUGACAAAUCUACCAAAUCCGAAAAGAGAAAACUUACAGAAGAGGACCGUCUUGAUAACCCCAAACGAAGGACUUUUAAUAGUUACUUAAAUAGUAACUGUCCAUCAUCUCAGUUUGACAAAUCAAAGUCUGCUCUUAUAUUUAUUCCGAGACAAGUAGCACGACAUACAUCUCUCAGUCUAAAAAUUCUUGAAAACGAAUGCAUGAUGGAUUGAAAUGAUUCUACAACUAAUAAUAAUUAUGCUAUAAUUAUUUAUAAAGUACUAAAAUAAUGUAACUCUUAAAGUUAAUGGUUUAUGAUUUAUAUUUACAUUUAAAAUGUAUGUGGGGCUGUGAUAAUUACUAAAAAGUAUAUAAUUGUGGAUUACAAAUCGUAUUGUAUCAAUACUAAAUUAUUCGAAACUAAAGUGGAAAAUUAAAAAAUUAAGGCAAUUUCA